AUGAGUGAAGGGGAGCGACGGUGCGGAGUUCUUCACCCACAGUCCUUGCAAAGAGCUCUGCUGGAGACAAGAGGGAAGCACAUGCAGCUCUGUGAUGACAGGACGAUUGAUCCACCCUUCCAAUCUGCGAUCAUGAGCAUGUCAGUGGAUCAUGUGGAGGACAGAUACAUGCUUGUUGGGUAUGCGAACGGGGGCGUGGCUAUCAUAGACGUGUCGGAGGAGACAGUGAAGGACAAAAAAUUUGAAUGUGCUCUGAGAAUUCCGCAAGGGCAAGCGCAUGACUUCGGUGUCACUUCCCUCGCAUGGUAUACCAGGGAUACAGGGCUGUUUGUCAGUGGCGGGUUUGAUGAGGUUGUGAAAAUUUGGGACACAAACAAGGCGGAAGUAGCGAUAGAGUACAAAACAAAAGGGAAGGUUUAUGACAUCGAUGUACACAAGACGUCAACUCUUCAUAAUCUGGUCGCAGCUGCCAACGGCCAUGUCGUCAGUCUCUACGACGCGAACUCAGGGCUCAGGCAGCACAGUCUGCGGGGGCAUCAAGGCACCGUCAACUGCGUCGCUUGGUCGGUCUGCGAGCAGUACCAGCUCUUCUCCGGCGGCUCUGAUGGGACGGUGGUAAGAAUGCAAUCAGCAAAGACCUUUUUGUCACCUGUGAAGAAGAGGCUAUGGGACGUCCGGCAAGGAGCUUCUUGUCUCGCGUUUCUCAGUCCGGAGGGAAAACCCUGGACGUCAAGGCGAGCAUUUCUCGCGCUGCCUGCGCUCCCUCACAAGACAUGCAGGAAGAGACGGAGGACGGAGCAUGACGGCACUGCAUCUUCAUCCUCCAAGGGAGACGAAGCAGCGCUUCUCGCUCAUGCCAAGGGCGUGUCCUGCCUGCGAUUCACUCCAGACGGAAGAUACCUUCUAUCGAGCGGGGGGGACGAGAGGGUCAGGCUGUGGAACCCUGUGAGCUGCGAGCUGGAGAUCGUCAACUACGGCGCCUUCCCGCAAGCUCGAGCUGCUGCCUACAAGAAGGUGCAAUUUGACGUGUCGUGGAGCGGGAAGCUGCUGUUUCAUCCCUGCCAGAACGAGGUGGUCGUCUGUGACCUGGCCAGCGGCAACAGGAUCUCGAGGCUUCGCGGGCAUGUCGGCACCGUCAAGUGCUGCGUUGCGAAGCCGCGGGGAGAGGACUUGUUCAGCGGCGAUCAGGACGCAAACAUUCUAGUCUGGACCCCCAACGACAGGCAAGUUGCACUUGUAUGCCCUGCAGGAACUGACCGGAUCUCAAGGUUUCUUGACGGAGAGGAGGAGGUGGAGGUGGAUGUGGACAACUGGAGCGAUAGCGAUUGA